AACUGUCAAGCAAAACAAUGAUUCAUUUCAGUUGAGAGAAGAAAACAAAAUCAUUACUGCGAAAUUAGAAUUUCGAGCGUAAAAUUUAAAGGAAAAUAAUAAUUUAAUUGACGCCAGUUCACUCUUUAUAUUAUCAAUUUAUUGUGUAUAUUUCUGUUUGUGUAAAAACCACCAAACUGGGUAACGAAAUGUCAACUUCAUCAAUGGAAAAACAUCUUUUUAAUUUAAAAUUUGCUGUUAAGGAGUUGGAGCGUAACUCCAAAAAAUGCGAGAAGGAGGAGAAACUCGAAAAGGCCAAGGCCAAGAAAGCUAUACAGAAGGGUAAUAUGGAUGUAGCACGUAUACAUGCAGAAAAUGCGAUCCGACAAAAGAAUCAAGCAGUAAAUUAUUUACGUAUGAGCGCACGAGUAGAUGCAGUGGCGAGUCGUGUACAAUCUGCGUUAACCACACGUAAAGUCACUAGUUCUAUGGCUGGUGUGGUCAAAGCUAUGGAUGCCGCUAUGAAAGGUAUGAAUUUGGAAAAAAUCUCAUCGCUAAUGGAAAAAUUCGAAACACAAUUCGAAGACUUAGAUGUACAAAGUUCCGUUAUGGAGAAUACUAUGUCCGAUACGACUACGACAUCCGUGCCGCAAGGAGAUGUCGACAACUUGUUACAACAGGUAGCAGAUGAAGCAGGGUUAGAGCUAAAUAUGGAAUUACCGAGUGGUGUACAAAGUUCCACUAUUGGCGCAUCUACACAAGUCUCACAGGAGCAGGACGAAUUAACUCAACGACUGGCUCGUUUGCGGCAAGCGGAAUAGGAAUAAAGCAUUUACUGAUUAUAAACUGCAUAAAUAGUGUUUGGUAUUACUUGAUGUUAAUAAAAACAUUUUUUGUUUUGUAUUUCGAAGAAA